GCGCCCGUGGGCGUUACUUGGGGGCGUGGCCCGGCGGAGGUCUGGCCGUUUGAGCUGCCAGACGCCAUGGAGGAGUACGCUCGAGAGCCUUGCCCAUGGCGAAUCGUGGAUGACUGCGGUGGAGCCUUCACGAUGGGGGUGAUCGGUGGUGGAGUCUUCCAGGCUAUUAAGGGCUUCCGCAAUGCUCCCAUUGGAAUUCAACACCGGUUAAGAGGUAGUGUCAAUGCCGUGAGAAUCCGAGCACCCCAGAUUGGAGGCAGCUUCGCGGUGUGGGGGGGCCUGUUCUCCACCAUUGACUGUGGCCUGGUGAGGAUUCGGGGCAAGGAGGAUCCCUGGAACUCCAUCACCAGUGGAGCCCUGACUGGGGCUGUGCUGGCUGCCCGCAGUGGCCCGCUGGCCAUGGUCGGCUCUGCGAUGAUGGGGGGCAUCCUGCUGGCCCUCAUCGAGGGUGUUGGCAUCCUCCUCACUCGCUAUACUGCCCAGCAGUUCCGUAAUGCACCCCCGUUCCUGGAGGACCCAAGCCAGCUGCCCCCUAAGGAGGGUACCCCAGCCACCAGCUAUCCCAGCUAUCAGCAAUACCAUUGAGGAAACCGCCUGACACCGACACCGUGGGAGCUGCCCCUCGGUUCCCUCCCCGAUGAUCUACCUCGAAGGGAGGGCUGGCUCCCAGUUAGCCCUGAGACCUCCAGAGAGGGCCUCUGCUCCCCUGUCCCAGGGUGGGGGUGGGGCACCCCAGCUGCCCUGAUGGAAGGGUCCCUUUUUUCUCUCAGGGCACCCCAGCCCCGCACAUUUAACAAGCUCUUACCCCAGCUCCUUCGUGUGGCACCCUAAUGAGUAUUUAAAGCGAGUUUGGAAAUGCCUGUGUGUGCGCUUCUUGAGCGUGCUCCAUCCCACACCCCUGAAAAGGGGCAGAGCCCUUCCCAGGGCCCUGGAAGCCCUAGGCCUUAGAGUCCCACAGCGAGUCGGCUGUAGUACAGGUUUGUGGAACGACUGGGAGGGAGUAUAUGAGGAUGUGAAUCAGGUACAGGAACAAGGAUGUGGGGGGCCACACGAUGAACCCUGAGUGGUGUCACAAGCCUGGACGCCAAGGCUGAGAACCAGACCUCUCAAGAAGCCCCUUCUGGAUGAUCCUCUUCGUGGCUCUGCAGUGAAAGUGGGGUUUGGGGACAUCUGGCCCCCUCAAAGAAGGGGUGCCCAGUGUCUGUUCUACCACAGAGACACUUCUGUGCCGUGUGGUUGUCAGUUUGGUUUUUUGAAAAUGAUCGCAGAAUGGCUGGAAAUGAGUUUUCAAGUGUA